AUGGAGCUUCGUUACAACUUGCUGAUCUGUUUGCUCGGCGCCCUUACUGCCAGCGGCAAAAAGGAGCUAUCCAGUCACCUACGAAUCCAACCACCCAUUCGAUCAGAGAAUGUCAACGGCUACCUAAAAACCAGUGGAGCCCAGGUGGGCCCUUGGGUGCUACGCAUCAUGAAAGGCAACAAGUUUGCCUGCGGGGCGUCCUACUACAGCAGUCUCUACGUGCUGACCUCCGCGAGCUGCCUGCAUCGGUACAGGAAGAAGCUAGACGUUUUGAGGGUCGAGUUCGCCAUGCCCGAGCCGGACAGUUCCGAAGGUGUGGCGCUCAUCGACGAAGUCACUGUACCCAAGCAGUAUAGAUGGCCCGAAAACUACAUGGACGUGGCAAUGGUCAAGCUAGUCGAACCCCUGACUUCCCAUCAAUUUCAAUUCGUAAAGCUCUGCCAAAAACCACUUCGUGGCUAUAAGAAGCUAACGGCUGUUGGCUGCGAGGCGAAUCCCGAUCAGAGAAUGCAAGUGGAGGAAGUAUCCGUGAGGACGAGAUCAGAGUGCCUUUCUGACUACGAGACAAUGCGCUUGUCCGGAACCGUAACAUGCGCCGAAAAACACCAACAACCAACCAACACCAAGCACUCCAAUUACGGUUUUGGCUGCCCUCUCACAUCCGGAGACGAUCUUUGCGGCAUUUCUCUCAUGGGUCCCCGAUACAAAAAUACCCUUUUCACCGACAUAACUCAGGUGAAGAGCUUCAUUUCGAAAGUUGCUCACCAAAAGCGCCGACCUAGGACUCAUAAAAAACGAACUAAGGAAAUUAAUAUUUGGCGAAAAUGAAAUAAGUACUGGAUGUUGUAAAUAGAUCGAUCUAUGUAUAUUUUUUUGAGAGAAAUAACUGAAUAAAAUAUCAAUACCUGGGGUUGACCGCA